GCCCGCUCUCUUUCGCAAUUAUCCGCUCUCCUGAAGCGUCGCCAUCGCCACCUUCCGAAAGGAUUCCGGCGAUCGAUCUGUUUCCUACGUGCCGCCCUCUGAUAUAGGUGCGCAUUUUAUUGGGCAAUUCGAAUCUUAUAAAUUGUCGAUCCUAGGUCUAGGGUUCGGUAAAAUUUUGGAAUCCAUUUUUCAGCGUCAACGGAGAAGGUUAGGAUCAUCCUGCUAGGGCUCAAAAUUGGCAGUGAAUCUCAGAGUCGACGGACGGCUUUGCCUCACGACGGAGAAAUUCCAGCCGGCCUGCACUCCCGGCUCCAUCCUAUAUGAUAUGAUCUCUAUUGCUCGAAUUGAAGAAGAGAGAUCGGACCUCGUUCAACAGCUGGUAAGGUUUGGAUCUCGCCAGUUCUCUCGAUGAUCUCUAGCUAGGUUUCGCUGGCUAUAAUUCCGAUGAGAUGGAAAAGGCAGGGGGAGACCUUGGAGGCGCGGGAGGAGACAACGUCUCGCGGUCCAAGUCGGUGUGCGAGUCAGUGAAUGGCUCGCAUCGGUAUGUUAUCAAGGGUUACUCCCUGGCGAAGGGGAUGGGGCCAGGGAAGUACAUGACAAGCGAUACGUUUACGGUGGGGGGAUACCAGUGGGCUGUGUACUUCUAUCCAGAUGGGAAGAAUCUAGAAGACAAUUCGCUUUAUGUUUCGGUUUUUAUAGCGCUUGCCAGCGAGGGAACCGACGUGAGGGCGUUGUUUGAGCUCACAUUACUUGAUCAGAGCGGCAAAGGGAAUCACAAGGUGCAUAGCCACUUUGAUCGGGCGCUGGAGGGUGGCCCUUACACUCUGAAGUAUCGGGGGAGCAUGUGGGGUUACAAAAGGUUUUAUAGAAGAACAUCCUUGGAGGCAUCCGAUUACCUUAAAGAUGACUGUUUGGUCAUGCAAUGUACCGUUGGUGUUGUCAGGAACAAUCUUGUUACGGUGAGGCAGCUCACAAUUCCUGUUCCACCAUCAGAUAUGGGAUAUUCUCUUAAGGAGCUGCUUAAAUCUGGCCUUGGCUCGGAUAUCAUUUUUGAGGUUGGUGAUGAAACAUUUAAAGCUCAUAAACUUAUUCUUGCUGCUCGUUCUCCAGUGUUUAAAGCCCAUUUUUUUGGGCUAAUUGGGAAUCCAAAUGUGGAGAAGAUUGUAGUUGAGGAUGUGGAACCUCCUGUUUUCAAGGCCAUGCUUAUCUUUAUGUAUUCAGAUGAGCUCCCUGAUGUUGUUGAACUGAGCGGGUCAAUUUCAAUGUGUUCUACAAAUAUGGUUCAACAUCUAUUGGCGGCGGCUGAUAGAUAUGGACUUGAGCGGCUUAAACUAAUAUGUGAAGCCAAAUUAUGUGAAAAAAUCAAUGCUGAUACAGUAGCAUCUACAAUGGCCCUAGCAGAGCAGCAUCAUUGUGCGCACUUGAAGUCCGUCUGUCUGAAAUUUACUGCAGCUAGAGAAAAUUUGGAAGCUGUGCUGCAGACUGAAGGGUUCGAGUAUUUGGGGCAGUCGUGCCCAUCGCUGUUAUCUGACCUCUUAGCAACUGUAGCUGUGGUAGAGGAGGACUCUAGACCUGCAAGCAGGAAACGUGCUGCUACCACCAAUAUUGCUCUUAAUAUAACCGAUGGUGGUGUGGAUUCAAGUGGGAGGCAAACUCGGAGACGCCUUUAGCUAUCCAUCUCAGCUAUUCACUACUACUGCUUUCUUCACAGGGAUUUGUCUAAUCAUUCUGAUGGUAUAUUACUUUAUUUUUAUUUUUUUUUCUCCGAGGAAAGCGGCUUCUUCAAUAUUAUUUGAAUUUUAUGUCUUUGUAUGUGUAAAAAAAAAAGAAAAAAGAACUGUGCUCCCAGCUAGUUGAAUUACUUGAUAGGUACUGUUGGGGAAAGUGGAUAAUUCUCUCGUUUGGUAUCUA